AUGCCCCAUGACCAGGCACUGGAUUUGAGUCGACUCAAAAGAAAACUCCCUUUGUCCCUCCCUCCACCCCUCUCCACCCCUCCACCACCCCCCAUGCCCCAUCACCAGGCACUGGAUUUGUACCCCAAGGCGGACUUACCAGCAACCCCAGCGGACGACAGGGUGAUGAGAGGCACUCUGCUGGCCAACUGCAGCAUCAUCUGCUGGCUGCGAGUGGGACAGGCGCCCCUCGCCCUGGCAGACAGACAGAUGAGCAAAAAACUCCCUCCACCCAUCUCCACCACCCCAAACCCCCCUCUCCAGGCACUGGAUAUGUACCCAGAGGCAGCAGAGCUCGCAGCAACACCAGCGGACGACAGGGCAUUGGAUCUGUACCCCAAGGCGGACCUGGCAGCAACGCCAGUGGACGACAGGGUGAUGAAGGGCACCCUCCUGGCCAACCGCAGCAUCUGCUGGCUGCGAUUGGGACAGGCGCCCCUCGCCCUGGCAGACGGGCAGAUGAGUCGAUCUCUGCGGCCCGACUGGCCCAAGGCGUACUUCCGAGAAGGGACUGCCUUCAGAGCCAUGGAGCGUUACGAGGAUGCAGCGAAUGUGUUCUUCGAAGGGGUUCAAGUCGAUCCGAAUAACAUGGAUCUCACGGCAGCAUUUCAGUAA